CUUGUGUUGCCAUUGAAUUGUGUUUCCUGUCUGAAUAUCUCUGUGAUCACGAUGGAAUUUGGGCCAUCAAAGAACUUUACCCAUAAUGAAUUCUAUUUAAUAGGAUUUUCCUCACUGAAGGAGUACAGAAGACUCCUUUUCAUCCCUUUCUGCGUCCUGUUCAUUUUUGCAGUCACAGCUAACUCUGCCCUUGUGACGAUCAUUUCCAAACAAAGGACGCUUCAUUCUCCAAUGUAUGUGCUGAUAUGUUUCAUAGCCUGUGUGGAUAUAUGUGUCCCGGUUUGUGUUGUCCCACGAAUGUUGUUUAGUUUUGCAACGGGGAUCAAUGUGUGGCCUCGAACAUUAUGUCUCAUCCAGAUGUUUCUUGUUCACUACGCCUGCAGUUUCCAGUCCACUAUUUUGUUUGGCAUGGCUGUAGAUCGCUAUUUUGCUAUCUGCACGCCACUGAGGUACAACAAUGUCAUGAAUUUCAUGAACUGUAUGAUCAUUACGGGCGUCAUCAUUUGUCGCAACACAAUCAUUAUAACGGCUAUGAUUGCUCUGGUUGGAACGCUCAGAUUCUGUUCCUCCAAUGUUAUUUAUCACAUUCACUGUGAGCACCAGUUGGUGGUGACCUUGGCUGUGCCCUGUGAGGACACCACCAAAAACUAUAUAGCUGGACUGGUCAGUUUCUGUGUGCCGACUAUAGAUUGUGUUGGAAUUGCUUUUUCAUAUAUAACUAUAUUUGUGGUGAUUUCUCGCUCUGCAGCUGGAGAAUCACGCUCCAAAGCCAUCUCCACCUGUACCACGCAUUUAAUAGUUAUCUGCAUCACUUACUUUGCCUCCAUGGUGGCUUUCUUGGCCUACAGAAUCCAAGCAGACAUUUCUCCUGACGUACGUGUCCUAAUCAGUCUCACGUAUCUUCUUGUCCCUGGGAUCUGUAAUCCAAUAAUCUACGGUAUCAGGACCAAAGAGUUAAGAGUGCACUUAAUUAAGAUGUUUCAAUUUAAUAAAGUAGUUAGUGCAUCUUGAUUGUUGUCACUGGAUAAUGUAAAAAAAAAAAAGUGUUAUUUUAUUUCUUGCAAUCUAUAAACAUGUCAAUGUUUAACUAAAAUAAAAUGCAUUUAUGACACUAACUAAACGCAGUAAGGAGCUUUAGCAGAGUCAUGUCCACACUUUUAAAAUAGAACAUAUAUAUUAAUCUAUAAUAUGACUCAUGAAAGUAGGUUCUUAGUCUGCUCUAUGCAGAGGAAUUAUUAUUGUUAAUCAUUUAAUAAAAAAUAUUAUUUGCUACAUCCCAGAGUAAACUGCUUGUUAAUACCACUUCUAUACAAUCUAAUGUUUAAUUUGUUUUUUAUUUUUAUUCUUUUUAAUCUAUUAUUAUUAUUAUGACUGCAAAUUAUCGCUGUCUAAUCUAUAUUUUUGUAUUUUUAGUUUAUACAUAAUUUGAACACACAAACUGUCCAUUACACUGUGUCAAAAAUUCUUGAUGAAUGGACCAAUGGAAAUUCUCCAAAAUUCUCCGAAAUAAUCUCUUUUUACAUUGUCUUCCAUUGAAAGUUAAGAAUGUUUUAUCUCUCUUGUGUACAUCUGCUGAAGAUACAUGAAGAUAUAUAUUUUUUCAUUGGAUAUUUGCUUUCUGAGCGCAUAUGUUUAGAUAUAUUUAUGUGUUAUUUAUAUUGUGGUGAACUCUGUCCAAUCAGAAUAAUGCUCUGGAUAUUUUUGUUGUGAAAAUCAAUAAACAAAUGUUUGAAACAGAAAA